UAGUCUGGCAGUUAGUUAGUUGCUGUUGAAGCUCCUACGCGCGGGGUGACUGGUCCGUAGCGGUUCGCGCACCCUCGCUUUCUGCUUGCGCUGAGAGGCGGAUCGGGCUUGCGCCCCUUAGAUGAGGCUGCGCCGCGAAAAGCAGUUCGGGUUCCCAGCUCUCGGUGUGGGGAGGCGGCUGUGCUGGUCCGGCGACCUCUCUACUCCCACUAUGGUGGUGACCCAGGAAACAGGGCUGUCCCCACAGGCGCCGCCACAGGCCCCGGAUCCGUGUGGGGGAGACCAGGCCACUUGGAGCCAGAGCCCCCGGGUUGUGCCUCACGGAAGCCAGGAGCAGGGAAGUCCCGCGGCCCCCAGCGGAACUGAAACUGGAUGUUCUAGAACAUCAGUCAAAACAGAUACAGUUUCUAAAGACACUGUCACAGAAAAAAUGCAGGCAAACAAAAAGACAGAAGAUAUGACAAAUUUCAUGGAUGAUUUAACUCUAAGCUCACCAAAAGAGAGAGAGUUUCGCUCAAAGUCUAAAACUAGUUGGGGCAGAUCGUCCUCAAGAUCAUCUAGCAGAUCAUCUUGCAGUUCACGAUCCAGUUCAAGCACGUCUUCAACUUCCUCAAGGAGUUGGAGCAGAUCUAGAAGCAGAUCAAGAUCACGAGCUAGAAGAAAUGGUUCCAGAAGGUAUAGAAGAUACUCAAGAUCAUGUUCCAGAAGUCGGUCAAGAUCACGUAGCCUUCGAUACAGAGGAAGGUACCAUCCUAGAACCUACAGGAGAUACCACCGUUCUCCUCCAAGGUAUAGAUCACGCAGCAGGUCCCGGUCUCGUGGAAGACCAUAUUAUAGAAGAUCCUUUUCAAGAAGCAGAUCACGAUCAAGAGGCCGAAGAUACUAUGGAUUUGGGAGAACCAUAUACCCUGAGGCUUACAGAAGUUGGAGAAGCAGAUCAAGAACAAGACCUCGUAGCAGAACACCUCUGCGCUUAAGUGAAAAAGAUAGGAGGGAACUCUUAGAAAUUGCAAAGGCUAAUGCUGCAAAAGCCCUGGGAACAGAUAACAUAGUCUUGCCAGCUAGCUUGCGAGUCUACAGCCUAUCCAAAGAGACAAAUGGAAAAUGCAGAAGUGAAGAUUCUACUGAGCAAUCCAGAAGACUAACAGAAGACUUAACCAAAAGUGGAACUGAGAGAGCUCCUGCAAUGAAAAGCUUAUCUUUCAGCUCUAAUAACACAAUGGCAAAGCCAGUACUCCAGAAACCAGGGAGUCUCUCUGUUAAAGAGACAGCCAUAUCCUUGGUUAAAGAAGAUACAAAGAGAAAUCCCUAUGGGCAAUGGGUUCCAAUGAAGGAGGAAAACAGCUUGUUUAACUUUUCACCUAAAAGUGCACCCUUCCGAGCACGCUAGCACCUUUCACUCACUGUCCUGUGAACUACUGGCAUUAUGCAUUCUUUCCAGAAAUGAGGUCUGAAAUCCUCUUAUCUGGUUGAAUAUUUUUGUUAAUAAGUAUUUAAAGAUGUUGAUUUUGAUAUGUUAGAUUUUUUUUUCCAGAUCUGAAAACACAGCACAAUGGCCCAGAAACUACAGGUGGGAAUCUUAGGUAUAUAUUUGUAAAUACUUUUUUGUAUCGCUAGAAUGGAGUAGAAAUUACAGGUGGGUAACUUCUCAAUGUUACUUUAGCAGCCGCUGUUCUGAACAAUUGUAAUGCAUUGUUUAAGUAAAACCUCUGUUUUGUUCUUUAAGGCCCUAUAUAAUUCAGUUGAACUGUGAAGUUGCCCUCUUUGUUUCUAGUCUGAGCUCUGUAGGUAUAAAUUGGCAUUAUGCAAUUAGCUUUGAGUGAAUGGUGAAGUACUAAAGAGCAAAUAGGAAAUAAUCAGAUGCUCUCAAUAGACUUCAGAUGUUGGAGCAACUUGAUUUCAAGUUGAAAAUGUUAAAUGCAUAUCCUGCUCUGAGUGAUUCUCUGGAAUAUUUUCUUAAAUCUCUCUGCA